AUGGCCACCAGUGUGGCACGUACGUCCGCAUUUGUGGUUCAUUCCGCGCAUUUUCCCAGUCGUCGACAUCACAUGGUUGAUCACUUGCUACGAGAACCUGUUUCCGACCAAUCACAGAAUCAAACAAAAUCCCCAUCCCGAACCCCGGCAUCCACUUCCACGACUGUCCAAAAUCUGCAAACGAUAGCGCCAAUCUCAGCUGCUACCUCCCCUGAGGAUCAUCCUUUAGACCAGGUCAAAACACAACUGUUCGCAUGGUCUUGUCGAUGGUUCGCACAACCCUUGCUUUCCAAGUACGGUGGUACUUUUGAUCUGGGCGAGCAAUUGGCUCGACUAGAUCGUUCGGAGUCUGAUUCGGUUGUCACGCCCAGACGCUGUUCUUAUCCCAAUCCGGAGCUGGCUGCUCUUGGAGCUGUCUCCGUUGAUCGGGAUGCCGUAGCCUACGCGGAUCGACUCACGCGUUGGCAGCAACAACGCGAAUCCCAACGAACUGGUCGAGCCAGGUGGACCGAAGUAAUCGGCACUCGUGAUCGAUCCACUUUUGGAAUGCGUGGUACCAAAGAGAAUGAGGACAAUUUGACCGCUCCGCCCUCGGCCACCACCGAAUCCGGUUUUCUCACUCACGUGAUCUCUUGGCACGGUUCACAUGAGCCUUCCUUGAUGCGUUUUCAUCCGUAUCAGCCACACAUUGUUGUCGCGGAUCGUACCGGUUUGACGGUUUUUCCCAUGUUCGGACUGGAACCGCUGGGUCACGUGAAUACACCGAAUGAUUCAAACCCAAUCUUACUUGGUGCUUCGAGCUAUAUCAAAACAACAACCGGUCUUGUGACAGAUAUCCGCUUCCUCAAUCCACUUGAAGAACGCAGUCUCCUACUGACCGCGCACGAGGACGGCCGUCUGCGGAUCUGGCGAAAUUACAUUCGAGAUUUGGGCCAAGACUCCGAGAUUGUGACUGCCUGGACCGGACUGAACGAUCUUCUCCCAUCAACCCAUCAAGCCGGUUUGGUUGUACACUGGAGCCAACCCACUACUCAGCUCGCUGUGGGUGGGGAUGCUCGAAUCAUUCGAUUGUGGGAUUGUGAACGGGAAUCCAAGUUGCGUGAUAUCGCCACCGGCGCGGAC